AAGUAUAGUGGCGUAGGUACUGAGAGCAUCUAAUUGGUUUGCGCAUGCGACAGCGUAAAACUACUAAUGAAAAUUUCCUACAGAGACGAAAAGCUGAAUAUGCAAACAACGCAAGCCUUCCACAUAUAGUUCUCCCAGUAAGCCUGUGAAGCAAGUAAAUAUGUUGACUUGCAGAUCAUGCAUGAGGAAAGCUUUCACUACCCUCGUAAACCAUACUCUCCGCCUCGAGAACACGUUCGCAACUUUACGUCCAGGCUCUGCCUUGGCCCAAUCCCGUCGACCUAACCUCAAGAAAUAUGCGCCAGUUCCUCAUUCUGCAAGCAUCGCAACGCAUGAUACAGCCUGGGAUGACUCACCAGAUACUGAAAGGUUGACACUGGACGACCUCUUCCAAGAUGAUUCGAAAGUUCCGAAAGAAGAUACCCAGAAGACUCGAAGGCUGACACCAGCAGAAUGGGCUGCUCGGAAACACUUGCAAUUCGCGAAGGAUCCAGUAGAUAUUGCCAAGCAAGUCCAAAGAUGUCUACACAAAGACGACUUUGAAACAGCCGCUAUAAUAACGAGAAAAGCUGGCCGGGACGCAAAAGUGGUUGUCAGUUGGAAUUACCUGCUCGAUUAUCAGCUCAAGAAGAACAGGCUUCAUGCUGCUCUCAAGUUGUAUAACGAGAUGAAGAAGCGGGGUCAAUUACCGAAUGCCCAGACUUACACAAUCAUUUUCAGAGGAUGUGCCACAUCGUCUCAUCCAAAGCUAGCCGUUUCGGAAGCGCUCAAGAUAUACAAUAUUAUGUUGAGAGGUGAGCGGAUAAAACCGAACACCAUCCAUAUGAACGCUGUUCUCCAUGUCUGCGCCAGGUCCCAGGAUAUUGAUGCGCUGUUUAGCGUUGUGCAGACCGCCAACGAAGGCAUCAGGGCGCCCAACUGCCAAACUUACACAACUAUUUUCAAUGCGUUACGAAUCUCGGUUGGCAAGCCUCUGGCAACGUCCGGCAUUAUCACUCAAAAGGAUAUCGACCAGGACAAGCGUAACAAACAGCAAGUGAUUCAGCGAGCUAGGGCCGUGUGGGAGGAAGUAAUAUCAAAAUGGAGAGCCGGAUCCAUUAUCAUCGACGAAGAAUUGGUCUGUGCGAUGGGAAGGAUCCUGUUGUUAGGUAGCUAUCACGACAUCAAGUCUAUAGAGGCAUUGCUGGAGCAAACAAUGAUGAUCCCACGAGAAGGCGGAAUCGCAAUCUCUGGGCCAUCCCAAACACCCGAUAGUCUCGGGGUUACGAAUACCGAUCCAGAACAGCCUGCCAUAAUCAAAGAUUACGAGAAGAUGGCUCCUGGGACUCCUACACCUAGCCAUGCACUUCCAGGAAAUAACUCCCUUUCUUUGAUUAUCACUGCCGUCAGGGAGACUGGGAAGACAACUUUGGCGCAGCAUUAUUGGCAAAUAUUCACCAAACGACACAAUGUCGUCCCCGAUGCUGACAACUGGUACCGGCUAUUUACAACUUUUCGGCGCGGGAGGAACAGCACCAAGGCGGUUUUGUUUUUGAGAGAUAUGCCGGCCGCGCUGACGGUCGCAAAGGUUUUCCGGGCGGCCAUGGGCGCCUGUUUGCGAGACAAUCUCAACCCCCAUUCCUUCAGCAAUGCUACCGCUGUGUUAGACAUCAUGCUAGAGAAAUCUAGGGUUCCAGAUAUGCAGACUUUGCGAAUUUAUCUCCGUGUGGCUUAUUCCAAUAAGCGGCACUUCGUGGAUAGUGGCUCCAAUGGCGGGAUCAUAGCAUGGGCCAAACAGGUUGCCCAGUCACUUGAUCAACUCUGGAGACCGUAUAUGAUGGUUUCGAGGGAGUAUGCGAGCAACGGGCCGGAAUCGGAUAAGAAACGAGAGCUUGUUGCACUUGCGCGGAAGAUGAUUGCUGCCUCGGACAGGAUAAUAACUGCCCAGAUAUUAACUCCUGAAAAACAGAAGGAACUGGAACCGAGACGGAACAGCCUCAACAGGCUCGUUACCCGCCACUUCGAACAAAUGGCUGAAAUCGACCCCAAUUUUAAGAAGACGGACAUCAGCGAAGAAGAAGAUGACGAAGAAUAAAAUUAGGUAUAUUUCAGAGAUAUCAGCAGAAGCGCGGCGUAAAAGCAUUGAAUUAUGAGUACUUGUUCUAUUGAGUACUCUGUAUAAUAUCACUACGCUAUAGUGUAUAAGUGAAUUAUAGGGCUUGAAAUACCUCCUUGCUAAGAUAGGACUAUCAUGUCACACGGAGAUAUCCACAAUAUGGAAGGCUUCUUCAUGAACUUCUAUAGCGACCAAAGGGUGAUUCACUUGUAUUAUAAACUGUCUCACAUAAAAAACAACAGUGUUCUUGCUUAUAAGGUACCUACUGAGGCAUACAUUGUAUGGAUGCAUCCAGAAGCUUGAAGGCACCUAUCAAAUGUAUAUAGACUUUAUGACAAGAAAGACCAGGUAGACGGUGGAAGCACACGGUCGUCACUACUAUAAAAAUAUUCAGCCGAAUACAGCUUAUAAAAGAU